UCUAUGGAGCCCCUGUAACACCAAUAGUUACGCUGUCAUACCAUACAGCUAUAUAAGUAUCAAAUUCUAUACUGAUUUUAUAUUUCCGGAACCCAGGCCCUUGCCGAUGAUGACAAAGAGACGCUAUAAUGGACGUUACAAAAUUAAAUAGACCCUCAGAGGGGAUUCAAGACAUCAUACUUAAAUGGAUCAGUUGUCUAUUGUGUGGAAAAGCAGAAAAGAGAAAAAUUUUAUUGUGUUAUCACACCCGGGAUACGGGCAAUGUCAAAAAGUUUUUGAAGAGUUUACAAAACACCAAAGCUGACGUCAUCGUGAAAAACGAAAGCGAGGCUAGAGAUGAUGACGAUGAUUACAGUAACUUUAGUAAAGGAAUCGUCCUGGUCUGUCUGUCUGAAGAAUUCGUGGUCACUCAGGCGUUCACAAAAGACUAUAUGUUAUCUUCUAUGAGAGGAAAUGAGCUCUCCUUGAUAACGUUUGAUCCAAUGGUGUCCCAAUGGCAAAACUACAAGAGCAAUCUAUUGGUCUUUGACAAAGUUUAUAGACCUUCAGUGUUUUCCUUACGUAAAACCCAAAAAGAGAGAAAAGAGAAGUACAUAUACAUUAGCAACCAUCCGAACAACGCCAGAGAAGUUAACAAAAUCUGUGCAAUCUUAAAAAACUUUGAUCUAAAUAUCAGUAAAUUCCACACCCUCGCAAAGAUAGACAAUGACGUCAUUCAUCGACUUACAGAGGAUCUCAGCAGUGCAACGCAUUAUCUCGUGUUUUUAUCACGUGAUUAUUCACAAGAUGAAUUCUGUCAAUUUGAACAAAAAUUGAUUCGCAAAACGGGAAAACAAGUCUGUAUUUACUUGGAUAAACAAACAGAUAUGUCGCCGCAAGACUUACUAAACACAUGGAUUGUUCCUUACGAAGAGGACGAUGUACUUCUGAAAGUUUUACUCAAACACACCUUUAUUUCAAAAGAUGAGAAGAAAAUAGCACUCAUAAGUACAACAGACAAGAAUUUGGCAGAGAAACUUCGAAAUGAAUUGAGAAAAAUAUACAAACACCAUCAAAUCUAUUCGACAGUUGGAUUGGACAAAAAUAAAAAAUACGCCCUCAUCGCAAAUUGUGAAAUAUUCAUCGCCUGUUUGUCCGAUAUCUAUUAUAAGGAUAACACUUGCAGAAAGGAUAUUGAAUUUGCAAACGCUUUAUGGAAAAGAAUCCUUCCUCUGGAUAUUAAGGAGGGACGUCCCCAUAGGCGACCCGAAUGGCUUAUAAAAAUUGUUGGUAGCCAUUGCUACCCAAGCGAUCUACAAGACUAUUUCAACGAACUUCUUGCUGCACAAGUUAUCGAUAGAAACGAAGAAGAAUGGAUUCGAAAAAGUAUUCAAGUUCCUUGUCAACCAAGCACUGGAACUUCCGUACCUCCAAAUAACCAGGCUAUCGCUAUGACUAUGACAGAUGCCUAUGGAAAAGUAGAAGUUUUUGCAGAAGGUGGACUUGAGAAUAGUAUUGCCCAUUACGUUCGACUCAGUACCACAACUCCUUUGAAUAUUGUUUCGUCCCUCCUGAUGAGACACUGGGGACUAAAGCGACCCCAGCUCCUGAUUUCAAUCACGGGGGAGGGGUCACGAAUCCUGAAUGACCCAGUGAAAGCCAGAUUUUUCACCUUAGCGUUUGAAAACAUCGUGAAAGAAAGUGGGGUGUGGAUCACGACAAAUGGCGCUACUUCAGAAAUCUCCAAGGUCAUUGGUCAAGUUGUAGAAAAAGAAGAUUUAAAUAAACGACCGACGGUGAUAGGAAUUGCAUCAUGGGAAGAUCUAAAAAUGAAUCACGCUUUAGAACUCAAAAACGGGUUUGGGCGAUGGCCGACCCAAUAUAAUCCACGGAAGGCAGCUGCUGCCUCAGGAGACUACUGCCUCAACCCUAUUUGCACGCACUUUUUGUUGCCUGUGAGACCCAUUGAAAGAAAAAAAGAAAAAAGAAAAAAAGACGCUACUGCCAAUUUCAGGGCCAACUUGGAGGAAUACAUUCGUCGUGGAAGAUUCAGAAAUAACAAACUAGAAGACGACAUGUCUGUGACUGUCCCCUCAGUACUUCUGGUGGUAGGGGGCGAUCAAUACCAGUCCGUCAGUAUGAUCCAGCGAUCACUAGACGCCAAACGUUACGUCAUUGUCUUUAAGGGGACAGGUGGAUUAGCUGACACUUUAGCCGGUGUUCAUCAAAAUACACCCAGGUCACCUGACGGUAAGAUUAAGGAAAUUGUAAACCACGAGAACAGCAAGAUGUUUCUCAGAUUUGUCGACAUAAACGAUAAAACACGUCAACUAAAGAGCAUUCUAAUAAAAGAUUUACUGAGAGACAUCUCCGAUUCUAAUGAGCUCGAGAACAAACUUUUUCUCGCCUUGGCAUUUAACAACAGUGAGAAAGCAAUGCAACAUGUAUUCGCCUCGCACAGACCAGAUUUUACGGAUACUUUCAAGAACAAUCUGUUGAUACGUGCAAUGCGAGACGGCAAGCGCGAGUUUGUGAGGCUUCUAAUCAAGGAGUAUGUGGACAUUCAUAGAUUUCAGAGGAGCAAUUACCAGCAGCUCUUCCAGGCGGAUCGAAUUCCAGAUGAACUGAGAAGACAGUUGAAAUGGGAUGUGGAUCCAACUGUAGACAACAUCAUGCGCUUUGUUGUCAGGUCGCUACAAAUGGACGUGUUUGUCGGCUACGGAUUGAACGAAAAGAGCGAUCAGGAACUAUCGAUGUCCAACGAAGAUAUAGUGAAGAAGCUCAAAAAUCUUGCAUCGUUUGAGAGCGCAGAAAAUCAGUCCGACCCUUACUUUUAUCUCAUGAUUUGGGCAAUACUCAUGAUGAAUCUACAAGACAUUGCAAAAUUCUUCUGGCAACAUUGCAAGGAACCGAUUCCAUCAGCCAUAAUAGCCUCCGGAAUUUACCGAGUACUGAGAAAGAACUGCCAACCAGCAAACAAGCUACUAGCAGACCAAUUAUCCAAGGCGGAAAAAGAUUUUCUAGAUUUGGCAUGUGGCGUCUUGAAUCAAUGCUACACAGAUCGUCCGGAUGAAACUGAUCGUAUACUGACAAGAAAACGCCCGCGGUGGCGCAAUCUUACGUGCCUAGAAAUAGCGUACCAAAUGAAAAUAUAUUCCUUUAUGACGCAUGAUGCCUGCAAAAUCUCUAUCAACCGGGGAUGGUUUGGGAAAAUUUCAGCCAAAAAUAAUUCAAUACAGAUGGUGUCAUCAGUAUUUGUAUUGGGACUCCUUCCUUUUGUGCUUCGAUUUGAAGAAUCCGAUGAAGAGAAAGUAAAAGAAAAUACAUGUAUGAAAAAAAUUAGGAAUCGCAUCACCAAUUUCUACACUGCUCCGAUCAUGCGCUUCUCACAUACAAUGGCUUCCUACAUAGUUUUCUUGGGGUUCUUUAGCUACGCACUUCUGACCGGCUUUGGAGAUAAAUUGACCUAUAUCGAAUACCAGAUGUGUUUUUGGGUAUUGUGCUUGAUUAUGGAUGAAUUUCGAGAGCUUUAUUGUGUAAAUGCAGAUUUAAAGAAACGGCUAGGUCCAAAUUUCCCGCAGGAGUUAUCGUGGUCGAAAAGGUUGGAAGGGUAUUUCACAGACAAGUGGAAUUAUUUUGACUUCAUUGUUAUUAUUUUCUUUCCAAUCGGCAUGAGUUUAAACCUAUCUGGGUUCGUGGAAGCCGGACGCGUCUUACUUGCUAUAAGUCUAAUAGCCUUCUUUAUGCGUACCAUGAAAGCCUUCUUAGCUCUUAAAGAGUUAGGACCCAAAAUUUGGAUGAUUGCUGCUAUGGCGAAGGAUCUCCUUUAUUUUGUUGUGAUUUUGAUGCUAUUUGUGGUAUCUUAUGCUGUUGCUGCUCACGCAAUAAUGUAUCCUCAAUCUGAAAAAGGUGUCAAUCUAUUUUUUAACGUCUUGCGCCUUGGAUACUGGAAUCUCUACGGAGAGUUACUUCUGGACGACAUUGAAGCGGAAGAACCGGACUGUACGUUCGAUGCGGCAAUGUAUAACAACGGAACCCUCCCAAGGUGCGCUGAGAAGCACCGGCAGGUCAUUGGACUUGUCUUGAUGGGUAUCUACCUGAUAUUUGCCAACGUCAUGCUCCUAAAUAUCCUUAUAGCUAUGUUUAGUGACACCUAUCGAAAUAUACAGGACAAAAGGAAUUACAAAUGGAACUAUGAGAGAUACGCACUGGUGCGGGAGUUCAAGAGGGUUCCGAUUUUUCCGAUGCCUCUUGGAAUAUUUGAGCGUUUUAUCUAUUUUGCGAGAUGGAUGUGCAAGAGGAUUCAAAAACGUAACAAAAUAGAAAAUGAUAAAAAAUUACUGGUAUCCUUAAAAAUCAGCGAUAUGAUGAAUAGCUUCGAGAGAGACAUGGCUCAUCUGUACAUGAAGAAGCAUAAUGAGGAUCCCGCCAACUCAACCCUAACGGAGAAGAGGAUAGCCAAGAAUGUGGCCAUGCAAGUGGAGAAGAUACUGCAUAGGCUUCAGAGCAUACCAAAUGGCGACGCCCAAAAGGAAACAACAUAACAGAUCAAUCUCCUCGGUGGGGGUUUUUUCCCACCAGGAAGUUUAUGUCAUUUAUAUUUAUUUCAUAGAAUAUUAAUCAAACUUACAUUGAAUGUGGCAUGAUUCUUUUAAUAUAAGAGAUGUACAACUUUUUCGGUUUACACCAAAAAGUCAUCAAAAGCAUGUCGACCACAACCAUGAAUGUUAACAUCAUUGUAUGAUCUAAAACGGAGAUUUUUUUCAAUACGAAGAACAAAUUCUGACUCACCGUCACCGACUUUCCUCAAGUCAAUACUCAGCCUCAAGUUUGAGUUUUGACCUCAAAUUAUGAACUUUUCUUUAAACAAUUGCAGUCGAUAUCGAAGUGAUUUAAAGAUUAUAGGGAAGUCCAAGUAGGGCGACAGCUAAGAUGAACCCUAAACAUCGGCGUGAAUAGUGUGUUGUACUAGGAGUAAUUACAGUUGAUUCCAUGACUUGUUUUAGAAAAAUUUGCUUUAGAAAAGGGAAUUCGUUGAAAUCAAAUUCUCUCAGCAAUAGGAUUUUUUUUUAUUACUGUACGGAAUUGGGCUCUUAAUUCAUAUAGAUCAACAAAUUUCCGUAAUUUUGUAAUUUUUACGUAUGAAAUCAAACAGAGACUUUGGUAAAUCAGACAGUAAACUUAUUAUCUGCGCAAAUUGAAUUAAUCUAAUGUAUUGAAAAAGUACUAAAAUACAAUUCAUUCUAUCGGUAAUUCGGUUUGAUCUUUUGCAUAAUGUUUGACUAAUGCAAUGUGUUUUGUUGAGAUGCUCAGCAUUUUCUAAUGUUUUAAUAGAGAUUGAUAUCGCUGACGGAAAUAUGUAGAUAUAUAUAUUUAUAUAUAUGAUUCAUUUUGAAAAAUAAAUUAUGCUCUUUUUUUGUUAUAGUGCAUGUUUCUUAUAUUUAAGGUACAAUGUACUUCACUACACCGAGACUUAUACUUUUUAAGACACUACGUCACAAUAUGGCGAUAUAAAUGUUUUGUUAAACUGUUUGUAUCAAUCGAUUCAGAUGUAUAUCGUCAUAGCUCAGUGGUUGAAGUAUCAGGCUUGUGAAGUUCGAAUCUGCCUGGGCUUUUUUAUGUUUUCUGAAUGAAAUUUUUGAAACUAUCAUUUAUUAUUUAAAACUGCACAUUUUUUCGCCUAUUUGACAUAUAUACCUCUUAUCCAUCAAGCUUUCUAUCAUAUUCAAGUAAUAUUUUGCUGAUUUGAGAAAAUAUUUCAAGGUGUAGUGAGGUACCUUAAUUUCUAUUUACUUACCAUAUUUGAAUGUUAAGCUUCGAAUUAUAAGCACGAUACAGAUCGAGCUCUGCUCAAUAUUCUAUGUUUGUACAGAUAUCUUAGGCCAUUUUUUUGUUUCCAUUUUAAAUGCUGAAUAGGAAAUAUCAAGUUAAAAAUCUUAAGCUGAAUAUAAUAAACUCAUGUGAACAAAAUAUGACUCAAACCUAGCAGAAUUGUGAGCUCUGUAUCUUGCUUCUGAUUCUACGAUUGACGAUGAAAUUUUGGUCGAUCAUUAGAAAUGUCUCGCUAAACGUUAGAUUCUUGUACAAAAAAAUUAAAUGAUGACAUGCUGUAACUACUCUCUGUGGGCACCUCUUAAUACAAUCAAUAAUAUGAAAUAUACAUCAAUUUUGAUAGUUUUUCAGACACGAGUAAAUAAAAACGACACCGUUAAAACAGUUUCCAUAGUUCUAACACAUUUCUGUUACGGGGAUAAAGGCAUUAUUGCUAUUCUUAAGAAAAUAUUACAGCGGAAAAUUAUCCUGGUUUGUAGCCAUUUGUUAUUUUUGAAUAAAAUGAAAAUAAUGGGUGAGCCCUAGUAAAAUUGAGUGAUAUGCCUGUGAAUACAUUGAUUUUCAAAGCUUUUAACAUGUUAUGUAACAACAUUUUUCAUUCAAGUGUAUUCAUCAAUCAAGUGUGAAUAAGGUUAUAAAAGUCACACGAGUUUACGCCAGGUAAACAACAGUCACUUAAUUAUAAUGGGGAAGCGAAUAAGAUAUUUGUAUGUUUUUAAUUUGAGGAAUUGAGCGCAUUGAGGUACCAUUUUCUUCUUCACAUCAAGGCCUAUAGGAAUUUUUAAAAUAAAAUACAAUAACUAUUAUGAUAUUAUUUUAAAAAAUACAAUAACUAGUAAGUAGUUGAGGAAGAAAAUGUACCUAUAUGCUCUCAUAUAUAUUUUGAUCGCUUUAUAAAGAGGGGGAGGGGGGAGGGCUCUGAACGAAAAUAUAGGGAAUUGAAUUUAAGUUAUCAGUGUACCCCUACCAAAUGUUUAUUUUUAUUUCUUGCGUAGGAUUUUCUUAUUCUCGGUAAAAAAAGAAUAAUAUUCCAUAAAGGUACAAUGUCAAAGAUUACGUGUAUGCAAAAAAGUGUAAAAUUCGAAUGCUUUACAUUAUUUAUUUUCUGUUAUUUUACCGAGGGGCGAUAUGGCACAAUAUCUUUUGAACGUCCAUAUAAAGUCAUUGUUGCUCAGGUGAGCGAUGUGGCCCCAUGGGCCUCUUGUUUAGCUGGAAAAUUUAAUCAUCCCCUUCACAAAUUCUGCAAAGUAAAGGAAAAUAUCAAAGCUAAAUUAAGAAAUCUAUAACCAGAAAAGUGUUUUUUUUUUUAAAAUUUGCAUCUAAAAAAUUGUAAAUAUGAUAUAUAAUUGGAAAGUUAUAUAUUUUGGCACGUUUAUCAUCAUAUGUGUUCCUUCCUUAAUGUCCAUGUCUCUAAUUUCUGUUUUGUACAUAUAUUAUAUACCACCACUUGUUUCAAUUACAUUGUAACUUUUCUAGGGCGUAAAAUGUUUAUGUACACAUUCAUGCAUUAUAUUUAAAUAUUGAAUAUAUCAAUCACAUAUAUACUAAAUAUAUAUGUAUUCAGUGCAAUUAAAUACUUCAUGCGCUAUGAUUAUAAUCUGGUAUCUUAACAUUGAAAACUUUAAGAAAAUAGGAUAAAUAAGCAAAUUUACCUUAAAAUAGAUGUCGUAACACCCUAACCCCACGGAUUAGGAUUUUGAAGUCCCCCCCCUCCCCCUUUUUCCCCUUUUUUGGCUUGUUAAUAUUUUGGAUAAGUCUGUCCCCCUCCCUUUAAAGAAAAGAUGCCAUGUGUUUGUAGAUGUAGGCGGGGCUACAUUUUGUUACUACAACGUAAGCUUUACAUUUUGCUGCAGUUUAAGAUAAAUAAAAUGUAUGUUAGUAUUUUAAUACUAAAAUUUUUCUUCACUUGAUUUUUGAUUUGUCACAACUGAUAUAUACCAUAUAGUGUACCAUACGUAUUGUAUUAACUCACGGAUACAUAUAUAUUGUAGAUAUGUUUUUGUUUGUGCCUAAACUGAAAAUUAAGUGUACAUUUUACGUGCUUUUACAAGAAUUACACUGUCCCUUUGAUCAUUAAUUAUACUCAAGAAUAACGGGGUUUUGUUAAAAAACAAACUUUAAUGGAAUAGACAAACUCCUGUCUUUAUGAUAUCUGUUUGUGCAAUUCUUAGUAUACGUGACAGGA